AUGCACACCGGCCCUCGCCUCGACGCCCACCAACCGGCUCUGGUCGUCGGGCUAUUCAUGCUGUUGCUGGGCCGACUGCCAGUCGGCGAUGCCGUGAACCGAGCUGACGCAAUCGCGCAGCCCGACAAGUACAUUCGCUACGACUCGUCGCCGUGGAGUCUGGUGGUACAAUUCGCCGCCGCCUCGGCCAUCAACUACGGCAUCCUCAUUUUCAUCACUUUGGUGACUGCAGCCAUCGCCAAAGCGAUGGAGAAGAAGUACGUGCGCUAUCGACGCGGCGGACCCGUCGUCGAUGACGCCUGA